AUGGGGGAGAGCUGCCUGGGGAUCACGGAGAAGGUGGUGUUCCUGGGAGGGAAGGUGUGCGCGCUCAAGAGGUUCCGGGCGGUGGGCGUGGGGAAGGGGGAGUUCGGGAGGAGGCUGCAGAAGGUGGCGCAGAUCAGCAGGAGGUGCGAGCACCUCGUGCCGGUGUUGGCGUACCUCUACUCCAAGCGGAUCAAGUUCGUGCUCUGCGAUUACUGCCCCAUGGGCAGCCUCCGUGACCUCCUCUCUGGUGGGAGGGACUGCGGACACACAGCCCUGAACUGGAGCCAGCGGCUCAAGAUCCUCUUCACAGCUGCACAGGCCAUCCUCUUCAUCCACUCCCUCUCCCCUCCCAAGGAGAGGAAGAUGCAGAUGAACGUGCACGGCAACAUCAAAUCCGCCAACAUCAUGAUCAACACCGACUUCACCGCCUGCCUCUCGGACUACGGCUUUGCCCAGCUGGCACGCCGCACCGACAUCUCCGACACGGGGCAGUGCAUGCCACCGUCCCCCUCCUCCGCCGCCACAUCCGAGAGCGUCCACUCCGACGAGAUGAGCCCGAAGGGGGACGUAUACAACUUUGGGGUCGUGAUGCUCGACGUCAUCAGCGGGGACAAGGGGAUGGGUGACUACCGGAAGUGCGUACUGCGGAAGAAGGAGGAGAUCGUGGAGGGGCGGAUGGAUUUCUUUGACUUCGGCGCGGAUGGGAGGGAGAGGAGCCAGGCCAUGCAGGUGUUAGAGAUGGCCUUAGAGUGUACAAAUGAAGUAGCAAAAGAGAGGCCCCCUAUGGAGCAGAUACUAAAGACAUUAGCAACGUUCAUGAGCGCGUAA